CAACUAAACUUUAGAAAAAAUGGCUGAUUUAAGAGAUGAAUAUGGCAAUCCAAUUCAACUUACCGAUGAACAUGGAAAUCCAGUUGAAUUGACCGAUGAACAUGGCAACCCAGUGCAUAUAACUGGCCUAGCUACCUCUAAGCCUGCAACCAUUGCAAAUGUUCUGCAGAUCGAUGUGCCGGAUACUGGCCUUUUGGCUAGUACGGAGGAGCCACCAAAGGGCCACACUGGCGAGCAUGUAGGUGGUGCUGAACCUGAGCCCGUGAAAGCGGAGCAACCGCAACAACAACAACAAGAACUUGAAAGAUCUAGUAGUUCAAGCUCUAGCUCGUCAGAGGAUGAUGAGCAAGGAGGGAGGAGAAAGAAAAAGGGAUUGAAGGAGAAAAUAAAGGAGAAGCUGACAGGUGGGAAGCACAAGGAAGAGCAUAAACAGACAGCAAUCACUGAAACAACCCCAGGGGAUCCUCAACACCAUCAACAUGAGAAGAAGAGUGUAAUGGAGAAGAUAAAAGAGAAGUUGCCUGGCCACCACAGUCACAACCACUAAUGAAAUUAUAUAAAUAAAAAUGUUAUAUGCAUAUGUAGGACUUUGUAUGCUUUCUUUGUAUGUUCAUUGUAUUGGGUGAAUUGAACAUUUGUAGGUUUUCUUUUCUUUAUCUUAUCUUUUUUUUUUUUUUUUGUUCAGUAGAGUGGUGUAAUAAUAUAUGUUUGGGCUAUGAACAUUCAUGCCCAAUCAUUAACAUUUUCUUGUAUAUUU